AUGAAUUGUGCUCAAUUCUUGGAGAUUUUCUCUGAGAAGUACUUCCCACAGAGUAUCCAUGACAGGAAGGUGUCGGAGUUUGAAAACUUGAAGCAAGGGAGCAAAAUUGUAGUGGAGUAUGAGGCACAAUUUACCAAACUAGCCCGUUUCGCACCAUACAUAGUCGAUAUAGACUAUAAGAAGGCGAGGAAAUUUGAGAGAGGUUUGCCAGACUCCAUUCUUGAGAAGAUCAAUGUAUUGCAGGUACAGAAAUAUGUGGAUGUAUUGGAUAAGGCCAUCAUAACGGAAGGUAACCAAGCCAGUCGCAACCGGUACUCGGAUUGGAAAGGCAAAAUGCAGGGUUCCAAUAUGCACAAAAGGUUAACGUCCUCACAAAAUAAGAAGCAAAAUUUGGGAACUUCCAACACUACGGGGUUUAACCAGGAUUCACCAUCAACUUGCCUGGAGUGUGGGAAAAAGCAUCGAGGGGUUUGCCAUCGAGCAUCAAGAGCUUGCUUUAAGUGUAGGAAGACAAGACAUAUGAUGAGAGAUUGUCUUAUAUUUGGGCAACAAAAAGGGAAUAGACCAACUGCUAGUUCAGCCGGUUCCACUCCUGCAACAAAGACCCCAACAAGGCCUACUACUUCUCAAGAAAAUGUUAGGCAAGGAAGAGUCUUUGCUCUUGUUCCAGGUGACGUCCAAAAUUUAGAUACUGUGGUUUCAAGUACGCUUUCCAUCAAUGGCCAACUUGCUCAUGUGCUACUUGAUUCGAGUUCCACUCAUUCAUUUGUUUAA